AUUGUACAGAACACACAACGUUUAAUAUUUAUACGAGACUAAAUAGGUAUAAUUAUUGAAAAAUGGAGGAAAAACAGUAGAGGGAGUAUUUAAAUAUUAUAAAUCUUAAUGUUUGACAAGUAUUAGUUUAUGUGCUUUUCCUAAUCCACAUAUAAGUACCCACCUAAAGCUAAAAGUUUGACACAAUUGUAUUUAAAAUAGCUGGGUCCCUAAAUAUUUCCUAAAAUAAAUAUGUAAAAGCUAGCCAAUUAAGCAAUCAAAAAAAUCUAUGUUUCCUUCACAUCAGAAAAUGGAUAGAAAGAGUAAAGAAACAAUAAUGAAGCAGCAAAGAUUUCAAGAGAACUAGAAAGCCGACCUUUUUACUUGGACCAAAAUACUAGAGGAGGCCAACAGUAGAUUAACACCCACACCUAAUUCCUCCAUACCCUACCCCCUUUUUCCAUACUCUAUUACAAAAGCCAUGACUAUAUCAAAACUAAACACCCACUUCGCCACGUGUCUUCAUCACAUCACCAAUAACUACCAAUGGUAAAGAAUAAGAUAAAAAUAAUAAUAAAAACCAACAAACAAACACUUUUACUACAAGCCUUGAUUUAUGUGAUGUGCUCACUCAAGAAAUUUGAGACGUGUUGACAAUAGAUUAGGAGGUUUUAGGUCACCUCUCUCUCACCCUCCCUUCCCUCUUUUUAGUAUGCUAAUUUCUACGGUUUUGUCCACUAUCACACCCAAUUUCACAUUCACAACAAACUAUAAAGAGUAUUGAACAAAACAAUAACCAACCCACAAUUUUUUAUUGUCUCAAAAUUAAUUCCUAUAUAUAUAACAUUUUCCAUCAAAAUUUGCAUUUCAAACUAGUUUAGCAUUCCAAGUUUAACAAGGGGGGGAGAGCAAAUUAAGUUUUCCCACUUUGCCAAACAACCCUUAAUUACAACAUAGGAAAGAAAUCUCUAGUUCCAUAUAUAGUGUAUAUACUUCCUUCUUAGGAAGUAUAAAUAGAGGUGUGUAAAGCUGGAUAUCCUAAGGGGAACUACUAAAAUGUCCCGUGUUGUAGAUGAUAAUUCUGCUUCUUCAUCACCUACUCUCUUACCUUAUUUUGGUUCCUCACACUAUCAUAACAUGGACCUUGAAUCCAAUAAUAAUAAUAAUAAUAGUGGUGGUAGUGGUGGUGGUGGUCGUCGUGUGUCGUUCUCACCUACACUUGGGCAGCUCUUGAAGCGGGUAGGAGAUGCUCGAAGGGAAGGCACCGGGGAUGAAACCCCAGUGCACCACACUCUUGCCAUGAGCCCCGAGACACGGGCUCUUCCGUUUGUUCUCCGGUUCUCUAAUCUCACCUACAACGUUAAAGUUACAAAGAAGAUGCAAAUUCCGGGGGUCAAUUCCCACAUUGCAACCCCGGGAGAACACCACCCCGUUGGCAACAACGGGGUGUUCUCUCGUACGAAGACUCUUUUGAAUGAUAUUUCUGGUGAGGCGCGAGAUGGUGAGAUCAUGGCCGUGCUAGGAGCUAGUGGGUCUGGGAAGUCGACACUCAUCGACGCCCUUGCAAAUCGUAUUGCAAGGGGUAGUCUGAAAGGAAAGAUAACCUUAAAUGGGGAGCCGCUUGAGUCGCGGCUCCUCAAAGUUAUAUCAGCCUAUGUGAUGCAGGAUGACUUGCUCUUCCCCAUGCUUACUGUGGAGGAGACGCUUAUGUUUUCGGCGGAGUUUCGACUCCCCCGAACCUUGUCUAAGUCCAAGAAGGAGGCUCGUGUCCAACAGUUGAUCGAUCAGCUCGGGCUUAGGAACGCUGCCAAGACAAUAAUAGGCGAUGAAGGGCAUCGUGGUGUAUCAGGUGGAGAGCGUCGAAGGGUAUCGAUUGGUCUGGACAUCAUCCAUGACCCCAUCAUCCUCUUCCUCGAUGAGCCCACCUCGGGAUUGGACUCCACUAGUGCAUUUAUGGUGGUGAAAGUGUUGCAAAGGAUAGCUCAAAGUGGUAGUAUUGUUAUGAUGUCAAUACACCAACCUAGCUACCGUAUAAUGGGGUUAUUGGACCGACUCAUAUUUUUAUCAAAAGGACAGACUGUAUUCAGUGGCUCACCUUCCGACUUGCCGGGGUACUUCGAUGAGUUCGGGAAAUCGAUACCGGAGAACGAGAACAAGACGGAAUACGCCCUAGACUUGAUCAGAGAAUUGGAGGGUGCUCCAGGUGGGGCCAAAGCUCUAGUAGAGUUCCACAAAGGAUGGCAGAUGAAAAAGAGAAGUGUAUUUCCCAACAUUGAAGGGGCACCCCAAGAUAGUAGGGGUGGGUUGUCCUUAAAGGAGGCAAUUAGUGCAAGUAUCUCAAGGGGGAAACUUGUCUCAGGAGCUACUAACGCUGAUGCUAGCCCCGCCUCGAUGGUCCCCACCUUCGCCAACCCUUUCUGGAAUGAGAUAGUCACACUAUCAAAGAGGUCGGUCAUGAACUCCCGUAGAACGCCGGAGCUUUUCGGCAUUCGACUAGGAGCUGUUCUAGUCACAGGGUUCAUACUUGCAACUAUGUUUUGGCAGCUGGAUAACUCUCCUAAAGGGGUUCAAGAGCGUCUAGGAUUCUUCGCAUUCGCCAUGUCUACAACAUUCUACACAUGUGCAGACGCUCUCCCAGUUUUCCUACAGGAGAGGUACAUAUUCAUGCGAGAGACAGCCUACAAUGCCUACCGCCGAUCCUCCUAUGUACUCUCUCAUGCUCUCACCGCGCUCCCCUCCUUGAUCUUCCUCUCAUUUGCAUUUGCAGCAACAACAUUUUGGGCAGUUGGUUUAGACGGAGGAGUAUCUGGGUUCUUCUUCUACUUCGGUAUCAUCUUCGCCUCGUUUUGGGCGGGUAAUUCCUUCGUUUCCUUUCUCUCCGGAGUUGUCCCUCAUGUUAUGCUUGGUUAUGUGAUUGUUGUUGCUAUUUUAGCAUAUUUCCUCCUAUUUUCGGGCUUCUUUAUCAACCGUGAUCGCAUCCCAAAUUAUUGGAUUUGGUUCCAUUACAUGUCCUUAGUGAAGUACCCUUAUGAAGGUGUCCUACAAAAUGAAUUUCAAGACCCUACAAAGUGCUUCAUUCGUGGAGUUCAAAUAUUCGACAACACCCCACUUGGGGCCGUGCCUAAUGCCAUGAAGGUACGGCUCUUGCAGACUAUUAGCGGGUCGUUGGGGAUGACGAUUACACCGUCGACGUGCGUAACAACCGGUGCUGAUAUACUACAACAACAAGGGGUGACUGACUUGACCAAGUGGGGUUGUUUGUGGGUUACUGUUGCUUGGGGUUUCUUCUUUAGGAUUUUGUUUUACUUUUCUUUACUACUGGGAAGCAAGAACAAGAGGAGGUGAAAGGGAGGUAAAAAUUGAUCAAGUUACUUGUUUGGAUUAGCUUAAUUUGGUUUAUGGGCUCAUCCUUUUGUGCAUUUUAUUAUUAUAAAUCAUUAUCAUUUUCAAUAUAGUUGGCUGUUAAUUUUAUAUUUAGUGGGAAGUAAGCUGGAGUUUGGUGUAAAACUGUUUCAUAAAUUUGGUCAUACGAAAUUCAACUCAAUUUCAUUAAUCA